AUGACCCCCACCCUCACGGCCCUGCUCUGUCUCGGGCUGAGUGUGGGCCCCAGGACCCGAGUGCAGGCAGGGACCCUCCCCAAACCCACCAUCUGGGCUGAACCAGGCUCUGUGAUCCCCUGGGGGACCCCUGUGACCAUCUGGUGUCGGGGGAGCCUGGAGGCCCACGACUACCGCCUGCAAAAAGAGGUAAACUCAGGGACCUGGGACAAACAGCCUGCACUGGAGCCCAGGGACAAGGCCAAGUUCUCCAUCGGAUACAUGACAGAUGAAGAUGCCGGACGAUAUCUCUGUUACUGUCGCAGUCCCACUGGCUGGUCAGAGCCCAGUGACCCCCUGGAGCUGGUGGUGACAGGAACCCUCCCCAAACCCACCAUCUGGGCUGAACCAGGCUCUGUGAUCCCCCGGGGGACCCCUAACCUCUCCUCCGAGUGGUCGGCCCCCAGUGACCCCCUGGACAUCCUGGUCGCAGGACAGCUCCCCUACAGACCCUCCCUCUCAGUGCAGCCAGGACCCUCGGUGACCUCAGGAGAGAAUGUGACCCUCCUGAGUCCACACCCUCCUGUCCCCUGCCCACCCCCACACGCCACAGACUCGAGUGCCCUCCUGUUGAGAACAGCUGACCCCCCGAGCCCACCCCAAAACAAUUCAGACCCCAGCAGUGCCUCAGAUCGCAGGGAUUACACGGUGGAGAAUCUCAUCCGCAUGGGCGUGGCUGCCUUGAUCCUGCUGGUCCUUGGGAUUCUGCUACUAGAGGCUCAGCACAGCCAGACAAGGACCCCAGAUGCAGCCAGGAGCUAA